AUGAAGUUCGCACUCGUCGCCUCUCUGCUUCUUAACGCCGCUGCUACCCUUGCCGCUGAUUUCUGCGGACAAUGGGACACGGCAACCACGAGCAACAACUACAUUAUCUAUAACAACCUCUGGGGCUCUAGCGCAGCCACCUCUGGUUCUCAAUGUACCGGUCUUGACUCGGCCAGUGGGACCACCGUUGCAUGGCACACCUCAUGGACCUGGGCUGGUGGCCCAUACAACGUCAAGAGUUUCGCAAAUGCCAACUUAGUCUUCACCCCUAAGACUGUUGCAAACAUUGCUUCUAUUCCUUCUACCAUGAGAUACAGUUACACUUACUCCGGCACUAUGGUCGCCAAUGUCGCCUACGACAUCUUCCUUGCCGCCACUUCUGGCAGCAGCACCUCCGCCUACGAGGUCAUGAUUUGGCUCGGAGCCUACGGCGGUGCCGGCCCCAUCUCUUCCAGCGGAAGCGCAGUUGCCACAGUCACCAUUGCUGGGUACUCAUGGAAGCUCUACGACGGUUACAACGGCUCCAUGCACGUUUUCAGUUUCGUAGCCGUCAACAGUCCUAUCACAAGCUUCAGCGGCGACACCAAACUGUUCUUGACUUACCUUGUUAACAGCUACGGCCUGCCGAGCUCGUACUAUGUUAACACCAUCCAGGCUGGUACUGAGCCAUUCACUGGUACCAGUGCGAAGCUUACUGUGUCGGCUUUUUCUGUUGUCGUUAACUAA